CCCACCUCGCGAGACUAGCGCGCUCCCCGGGCCGCGAACGCCCCGCGCAGGCGCAGUCCGCGCGGUUUGCCCGGGGCGCUGGAGCCGGAGCCGCCGCGAACAUGGCGGCAGCGGCGCUGAGGCGGAGCUGCGCCAAGCUAAGAAGAAACAUGCCAAUCUACUUGGCUUCUUGGAAGGCUCCUCCUAGUGUCUUUAAAUCAUCCAAAUCAGAAGCUAUGGCAAACCCAUCCAAUGAGGGGGUAGUGUGUGCUCCCCUUGACACACUUACAGAAGAAGAAAUAAUGAUGAAAGAAAUGGUGAAAAAAUUUGCUCAAGACCGAAUUGCACCUUUGGUAAAAACAAUGGAUGCAAAUGCGGAAAUGGAUGCAUCUGUACUGCAAGGACUAUUUGAACAAGGGCUAAUGAGUAUUGAGCUUGGACCAGAGUAUGGAGGAACUGGAUCUUCAUUUUUUUCUACCAUACUGGUGGUAGAGGAAUUAGCCAAGGUUGACCCAGCUGUAGCUCUUCUGUGUGAACUCCAGAACACUAUUACUAAUAAAUUGUUUAUUACAUAUGGAACAGAAGAACAAAAGAGAACUUAUUUGCCCAGACUGGCUAAAGAUUUGACGGGCAGUUUCUGCCUUUCAGAGGUUGGAUCUGGCAGUGAUGCAUUUUCUUUGAAGACUCGUGCUGAUAAGAAGGAAGACUAUUAUGUUAUCAAUGGCUCAAAGAUGUGGAUAAGCUUUGCAGAACAGGCAGGAGUGUUUUUCGUGAUGGCAAAUGCAAAUCCUUCUUUGGGAUACAAGGGAAUAACAUGCUUCAUAGUAGAUCGUGGCACAGAAGGCCUGCAUGUAGGGAAAAAGGAAGAUAAACUGGGAAUUAGAGCGACUUCUACGUGCCCAGUAACGUUUGAAAAUGUUAAGGUUCCUAAGACCAAUAUCCUGGGACAGCUUGGAGAAGGCUAUAAGUAUGCAAUUGGAACGCUAAAUGUGGGAAGAAUAGGAAUUGCUGCACAGAUGUUGGGAUUGGCACAGGGAUGUUUUGACCACACUAUUCCAUAUGUAAAGGAGAGAGUCCAGUUUGGGAAAAACAUAUUUGAUUUUCAGGGAAUGCAACAUCAGAUAGCUCAAGUGGCCACCCAGCUGGAAGCUGCAAGGUUGCUGACCUAUAAUGCAGCCCGACUCGUAGAAGCAGGAAGGCCAUUCAGAAAAGAGGCAAGCAUGGCCAAGUAUUAUGCUGCAGAGGUUGCAGCACUGACAACUAGUAAAUGUAUUGAAUGGAUGGGUGGAGUUGGAUUCACAAAAGAUUAUCCAAUUGAAAAAUACUACAGAGACUGCAAAAUUGGCACAAUAUAUGAAGGAACUUCAAAUAUCCAGCUGAGUACGAUUGCAAAAUGCAUAGGUCAAGAAUACUGAAAACCACAAGGACGUUGUGACUGUUCACACUGAAAUUUAGAAUCAGCACGCCUCAUUGGUGAAAUCAAGGGUUACAUAUUUAUUCCAAAUUGUGUGUGUCUGUUUGUUUUUUUAAAAAAAAAACAAAAAACAAAAAACCCUAAUCAUGGAAUUUUAUCCCUAAAACAGUGCAAUGAUUUACGUGAUUGGGUUGUUUCAGACUGUACAGAUGGACAAAAGUAAACAAACAAACAGGAGAUAAAUCCUUAACCUGCUCUACAGGCACAAAAGGGCACAAAGCCACCUGAAGAGGCAGCUGAUUCCCCCAGGGCAGAGGUAUCAUUGGCUGGUGUAAAGCCAGCUAUAUGCCAUUUGGGGUGGUGAGAAUGGGUAGACUUGGAGAGUUCAGCCGUCCUUGCUACCUUUGUCUGGUGAGCGAUUCCUAUGGGGCCGCUACAGUUGAGGUAACUUAGAGCAGUCUUAGCCUAUUCUAAAUUAUAUCUGGCAGUUUGGCCCCUGGCAGUCCCUGGAUUGGGGAUCUUGAAAGGUGGCUAAUAGCUAUCUUUUCCACCCCAUAUAUAUGUCAGAUUAAGAGAAACUUGGUAGUUCUGCAAAAGGACAAUGACAUAAGCUAGUUAAUAAGCAUUAUAGUUUUCUUAUUACUUAUAGUAGUUUCCUUGUUCAAAGCAUUUUACAAACGUUAAUCCUCACAACCUCCCUAUGAGGGGGUAUGGCUCUUAGAUGGGGAAACUCGAUGGAAAUUAAAGGUAUUCUGCAAAAGAGAAAAGUUUGUAUCUUUUUUCUUCUUUAUAAUAUAGAGGCUGAAAAAGCCUGAAUUAUUAUUAUUAUUAUUAUUUUUUUUUUUUUUUGGUCUGCUGCUUUUUACAUUAGACACAGAUCUUGCUUGCACUAAAAGACUCAUUAGUGACUGGAGAAUCAGUAAAACUAAGCACAAGACCCAAGUGACUGAAAGCUUAGCAACUGAAAGGGGAGGAAUGUUUAAUCACUGCUUUUAAUUCUUUGGGUUUUUUACCCAUUUAAUUCCACCAACUACAAAAUAUUUUGAAAAAAGGAUGUUUUUGUUAAAGAUUCAGAACCAUUGCUUCUUCUAUGGAAUAUUAGAGUUCAUGAUAUACAUAGUCUGAGAGUCCUAAGUGAUACUUCACCAGUACUACAGAAGACUAGACUUAACAGUCUUGAUAUUUAUGAUCAUGCAGAAGUCUGCUUGUUUCACAUCAUAAAGAAGCAAAAAGCAGAGUGCCAUUUUUACAAAAGUUAUUUGUAGGUCACUGUUGUGACUUGCCCAGGACCACCAAGGGAAUCAUAGUAGGGAUUAGAAUUCGGGGCGUCGUCAUCACAAGACUUGUGCUUCAACCCUGCACCAUUCCUCCCUUUAUGGUGGUUGCAGCUUCAGCUUUAAUGUGACUGCUUUAGUGGAGUGACUUUUCCAACAAAUGCUUAAAUUAGGGUGACAGUUGUCCCUUUGCUGAAAGGAAUAAGAAGUUUCGAGAUUCAUUUGAUCAGUGGUGUGGUGACUUUCAAGAGAAACAAAUUUCAAGUUGUUUGCAGACAUACUUCCAGCUAAACUAAAAGAAGCUGAGGGUAAAGUUCAACCAGAAUUGAUUAUUUUAGGGCUUAUCUUAACUGCAACAGUUAGCUCAAGUUACCCCACUCCAGCUAGCCUAGCUUGAGUGAGAGUAUGAAACACUUGAGCUAUACAGAUUGAUUGGCUUAGCAACUGAUGAGUUGUGCUAACGUGGUGAACUGUAGCCUAUAGCUGCAUCCCCAGUGUAUUACUAGCUUGAGCAUCAGCAGUGUUCGAGCUUCAACCUACACUCCCUGAUGGGCCAGCGAGUUGAAGUUUAAAGCACCACUGAAUUUGAGCUAGAGAUUUGUAUGUUGACAGGAGUACCUGAAGCUAACAGUGUGGUGAAGGCAAGCCCCUAAGUGUCUAGAUCCAAAUUUUGUGAGGAAAAAUAAUGAAUUUCUAUUAAGGCUUGCUUCAAGACAGAUAUCAAGGGUUGUGUAAGAGGGGUACUCUUGUAUGGCCUCUCCGGAAGUAUGUCAUAUUGGUAAAGAUCUGCAUAAAGUGAUUUGGAAAAAUCAGAAUAUUGCAAUGUGCCUAACAGCCUCAAAUCUGCCUUCUGUAAUCCGUGCGGUCAUCUUGAAAAUACAACUAGCCAUCGGAUAGUUGAUUUCAGAGAAUUGGUGCCAGUCUUUCCAUUAACACUGAGACAUAAAACAUGUUUGUUUGAAGUGCUCUGUGCAGUUAUACAAGUAAGUACAGAGCACUUUCCAAGAGAAAUACACAUUUAUUUAGUGUUUAUCUAUAAAGACCUAAACAAAUUUGUGUGCAAAUUAAUUGUAGCUAUUGAGUUUCUGGCAAGAUGCCAUUACAGCUGUUGCUGCUGUAAAAAAUUACGUACCACCAUCCUAAACACUAGUCUCCCAAGAAACAGACUGUGUGGUGUUGGGCCAAAUUAUUUAAUCUCCUUCAGAUAGAUUCCAUUGCUGCACCAGUGCAGACUCUGGUGUGGCAACUGAGUGGUUGUGCCUUCUUGCCUGGGUCUUCGGGGAACUGAGUUGGCCCCCAGUCCAGAUUAGGGCAACUCCUCAGGACUUCCCCAAGUUGUACCUCUGCAUUAGCUCUGCUAUUAGCACUGCAGAAUAACCUGGGCAUAAGAUUGGCCCUCAUGUCUCCUGCACUGUGGCUCUUUUGAUACGUUGCAGAGCUUUCUUUGUACCUGUCAGGGAAGUCUGCUAUCCUGAGAAUGGGACUUACAGAUGCUUUUUAGCUUUGUUACGCUGUUGUAAAAUGGCUUCAGUGCUCCUAUGAAUUCCCCCCUUGUGUCUUCAGUCAACCCAGCUCAACAACUGGACUGAAAUCACAUCUUCAAUAACAGGAAUGUUGCACCGGUGCUUUCGUAGAUUAAAAACAAAUAUGGAAGUUGUCUUUUUAAAAGUGCCUGUAUUUCUUUAAAUAUAGCACCUAUAUUUUGUAUCUGUUGUAGAGUCUGUAACAAACUCGUUUUUAAUAAGGUAUCAGAACUACUAAAGCUGUAAUUUUUUUUAUUGAGGCUAAGUAGAAAAAUGUUGGUCAGAUUUUUGUGCACUAAUUACUCAUUCUUGUUAAAGUUCUGAGGCAGAAAUCAAGUUUAGGGUAUGGUAUCUACAUGGAAAAAUAUUCAAAUACUUUAUUUUAUAUGAUGUGUUCUGUGCUCUUGUUUUCAAUCAUAUUUUUCUUCAAAUGUCAAGACUCUCUGUACUGCUUCUGCAAAAUGACUUUUUGAACUUCACAAAAAGGAACAAAAAUAAAUAAUUUGUUUCAAAUGGAA